UACAUGUCAGGAAACUACAAGAGGUAGAAACAUUUGUUGAUUUACCAGUGUUUUUAACUUCCUGCUGGGCUGAAAACUGCUUGUUUCGUGGAAAAGCAAAACUUGACAGCAAACAUCUAAAAUGAAGAGCUCCCAAACUUUUGAGGAACAAACGGAAUGCAUUGUGAACACUCUACUCAUGGACUUCUUGAGCCCAACAUUGCAGGUUGCCAUCCAGAACCUAUGCUGUGUAGAUGAAGUAGAUUCAGGAGAGCCUUGUUCUUUUGAUGUGGCUAUCAUUGCUGGUCGCCUUCGGAUGUUGGGUGACCAGUUCAACGGAGAAUUGGAAGCUUCUGCCAAAAACGUCAUUGCAGAAACCAUUAAGGGACAGGCAGGAGCUAUACUCCAGAACACUGUGGAAUCUCUCAGCAAGACCUGGUGUGCUCAGGAUUCCAGCUUAGCUUAUGAGAGAGCUUUUCUGGCAGUGUCAGUGAAACUUCUUGAGUACAUGGCUCACAUUGCUCCUGAAGUAGUGGGACAGGUGGCUAUCCCCAUGACGGGUAUGAUCAAUGGGAACCAAGCCAUCCGGGAGUUCAUCCAGGGCCAGGGAGGUUGGGAAAAUCUGGAGAGCUGAAGAGGUGGAGCUAUUCACGAGACUGAACAUCACUUCCUUGUUGACUGAUUGGGUGAUUGAUUCCUGGGAAUUCAAACAAACAAAUAAAAAAACACUUUUUUCAUUUUAUCAGAACUGAACUUAGCUGAAUAAGUUAUUUUUUACUGAUUGUUAAAGUUGGGAGCAGCUGCCAGAGGCCUACAGAGUUGGUUUUUGUUUUGUUUUGUUUUGUCAACUUAAUGCAAACCACAGAGAUUUUCUACUUUCUGUUUUCACAUGAGUUUUAAUGAGGUUCUGUUGAAGCAAAGACCCCUAGACACAAAGUAAUGACUUGUUAGUAGUGGAAUUAUAAGCAACAGGGCAGGCCUUUGCUGGAGGUAUUUUGAGAGAAAGGGAGAACAAUGGAAACUAUUUCUUCAGAUGUAGCCCUGUCUUUUGGUAAGAAUUGUGCCUACUAAUUUUGCAACUUAAAGGAUUUCAGGAAUCUUUUUGGUUGAAAAAUCUUGUUUUUUUUUUUUAGACGGACUCUCACUCUGUCACCCAGGCUGGAGUGCAGUGGUGCAAUCUCAGCUCACUGGAAGCUCCACCUCCCGGUUUCACUCCAUUCUCCUGCCUCAGCCUCCUGAGUAGCUGGGACUACAGGAGCCCGCCAUCACGCCCGGCUAAUUUUUUGUAUUUUUAGUAGAGAUGAGGUUUCGCCGUGUUAGCCAGAAUGGUCUGGAUCUCCUGACCUCGUGAUUCGCCCGCCUUGGCCUCCCAAAGUGCUGGGAUUACAGGCGUGAGCCACCUCGCCCGGCCUAAAAUCUUGUUAUUUUAAGUUGAGCAUUUUCAUUCAAAAUCAUCCCUAAACUUCAUGUUAAUUUCACCUGAGAAGGACUAUUUUAUGCAUUUUAGAGGUUGGAAGCAAAAAACAAACAAACAAACAAAAACAGUUGUUUGUACUAGGAAGGUCAAAGAAAAUAAAAAUUACUCCAUUUUUACUGCCACAGGAUGCAGGAAGUGCUGGCCCACAUCUAGGACAGCAAGGCCACCCCAGCUUAGAUGAAGCUAGCUGCAUAGCACAAAGCUUUAAAAGUGUGGUUCACACACCACUUGUGGACCUUAUUGAAUUGCUGAUUCGCAUUCCUAGAGAUUCUGAUUCUGUAGGGGUAGGCUGGAGCCUAGGAACCUACCUUUUAAACUAGUUCCAUAGGUGAUUCUGAUGUACAUAUAGAGUGUGACAGCCAUCACUAUAGAGAAUAGAUUGACAAAUUACAACCCACACGUCAAAUCUGGCUUGCUGUCUUAUUUUGUAAAUAAAGUUUUAUUGGAAUAGAGCAACAUUCACUUGUUUACAUAUUGUCCAUGGCCGCUUUUGUGCUACAAUGGCAGAGUUGAAUGAUUAUAGAAGACCAUAUGGCUGGUUAAGUCCAAAAUAUUUACUAGCUGGCCCUUUACAGAAAAAGUUGGCUGACCCCUUCUCUAAAUCAACAUUUCUCCUUGGUAACUGAAACUCUAUUACAGUCCUGACAAUUCCAGCAAACACAGCUGUAGAUAGGGUUUAAACUCAAAGAUAUUUAACUCUUCUUUGGGAACUUAGUCUCCAUAUGUUUGUUAGUUCUUGCAUAAUCCACAGUUUCUCUGGGUCUUCAGCCAAUCAGAGAGCUCUGUAGCUCCUGAGUAGUCCAUUUCUCUGGCCCUACAAGUGAGAG